AAUUGCUCCAAGUGUAUCCAACAAUAGGUGCACGCUGACUUGACAUUUUGUUGACCUGGCCCACGUGCAGCUGAAACAAAAUGUUUAUUAAAACAAACAAUUACUUGCAGAUCAAUGUACACAAUGCAAACCUGUCUUAAUUGCGGUCGCUGUACUUUUGCACGAGCACGUGCUCACCAGAGCAAAAUGAUAAUUUGGAAACAAGCAAAAAUACAUACGAAGUAUACACAUGUUUACAUAUUUAGACAUGGGAAUGUGCGCGAGAGCUUUGAAGUUGCCAGGCUGGUUUCAAUUCAAACGACGCAUAAAAAUAAAACCAAUUCAAAACGCGUCGUCUGCCAGCAGAACCAGCGGCGCAGUCGCAGAUUCAACACGUACACGAACAGCUCAAAAAGCUAAAACCCCAAGGAAAUGAAAAGCAAAUUGAUGGUACUGCCGUUGCUUCUAAUCGCUGUAGUAUAUGCAGCAGUUGCAACGCCUGCUAUACGGCCGCAAUCUCAGCGUGGUAUUAUCUUCCCGAAGGAGUCUUACGAUGAGUGCUGGCUGGAUGGGCAGCAACAGAAAGCUGGUAGCUGCAAGCGGCUGGAGGACUGCCCAGUUGCACUUGAACGCUGGCAGCGUGAAAAAAAGAUGCCUAAAACCUGUUACUUCGUUAAAUUUGAACAAUUUGUUUGCUGCGAGGAGGAGACUAAGCCCACACUGCCUGCGCUGGAGCAGCGACGCAGCAGUGUUGAAUGCGAGGGUUCAAUGCUCUUUGGAAUUUCUGUAGUGGGCGGCAAACCCACCAGCUUUCGCGAAUUUCCCCACAUGGCCGCCUUAGCUUGGCCCUCCAAUGUUGCUGGCAAUAAUUUGUAUCGCUGCGGUGGCACACUUAUUGCGCCCAACUUUGUGUUAACGGCGGCGCACUGCAUCAAUUUUGGAGGUCAAGCACCUAGCAUGGUGCGCCUGGGCGGUGAUAAUCUAACGCUCAGCAUGGGUGAAGACUACAAAAUUCGACGUGUUUUCACGCAUCCGAAUUAUGACGACCGCACAGCUUACAAUGAUAUUGCCCUGCUGGAACUGGAGGGCAGAGCGCCAUUUCGUUUGCGUCCCGCUUGCCUAUGGGAGACCCCAGCGUUGCCUGUGCAGAAUCUCACUGCUGUUGGCUAUGGUUCAACAAGCUUUACCGGCCUAUCCUCGGCACAGCUACUCAAAGUUAACCUACAGCAUGUGGAGCGGACGGCAUGUCAACCAUUUUAUCCUACGGAUGUGCUUGCCUCUGGCUUGGCUAGUUCACAGCUCUGUGCUGGCGAUUCGAGCGGCUUGAGUGACACAUGCCAGGGCGACUCCGGUGGACCACUACUCUUGUCAAUGGGUAAAACUUGGUAUGUGGUUGGCAUUACUUCAAUUGGACAAGGCUGUGCUAGUGGUCCACCCAGCAUCUACACGCGUGUUUCAAGCUACCUCGACUGGAUUGAGAAUAUUGUUUGGCCCAAGGAUUCGGCGCAACUGCAGCAGCAACCCGACUUUGAUUUGCGUGUUUCCAGUUAAACUAAUUAAUGUCAAAAAAUACCCGCAUAAAAUGAUCAUUUAAACUCGUGCGCUUAGUCACAGACUGGGAAUUUCAAAAUACUAUGACGUAUAUUUUGUUAUUCGCCUUAUUCUUGUCAACUUUUUUUUUUAUUGA